AUUUCUCCGUUCAUUUAUUUUCACUUAGCGAAGCAAUGGGGUUCGGCACGGCCGAAGGAAAAUCUACAUCUUUCUUGGAUUUAUUUCGAACUAUUUAGCUAUACGUGACAUAAGAGAUGUAUUGAAGCAGCCCACGCCAAAUGUAUCAAGAUAAGUAGGUUAAAUUGGUACCAUCGCCAGAAUCGAUUUGGCUAGAAGAAAAUGAACAUCUUUCUUGGAUGUAUUAAUUUAGCUGGAAUUUUUAGUACGAGUAUUUAGCUGAGAAGUUUUUGAUAUUAUUAGCAAAUUAAUUCUAUUUUAACAAUUCUUUAGAGUAUCGUCAACUGUCCAACGAUAUGCCUUCGAAGUACACUGGACUGUACAGUGCAGACCUGCUAUAAACGGUUAUUAAAAGAAUUUAUGAUAAAAUGUUAACGUUAAAAUUUUAAAAGAAAACGCUAUAUCCUAGCUUUGUCCAUAUUAUAUCAUGUAUGGGUUUCUAUAAAAGAUGCGAAGAUAUAAUGAGAUUUUUGUAACUGAGAUAUUUCGAAUCGCAUGCUUAAGUUUGUAUGAUUAUUUUUAACACUAACGAAUUCUUGCUCCGUUGUUUACACUUUUCAUGACAAAAAAUAAUGUUGGCUUUGUGUAGGAAUUUUGGAAUACAACUGACCACUAUUGUCGUUUGAAUAAGAACCAAUGUCCAUUGUUCUUGGUUCAAAGUUAUUUCUAUUGUUUGCUUCAUUCGUCUUAACAAUCAAAUUGAUUGUCACGCCUUUGCCUCUAAGAUUGCUUAAUCUUUGGCUCGGAUCAUGCUUAUUCACAACUGAAAUCAAUUCAGUUAACUGAAGUGCGUACUGUCUAUUCUUGAACAACUUUUGAGCAUGUUUGCUCUUAUCUUAAGUGAAGAGUAACUGUAAGAGCGUCACCCACUUGUCAGAUGCCACACGAACAAUGACAUGGCUUAUGGAGAGGGUCUGAUUUGAGAGCAUAAGUAGUUGUCCUUCAUUUCGGAUUACAGACAGGCACAAAUUUAUUUCUGGCACACCAUACUGUAGCUGAGCACAGUCGAAUGGCCGUAACUUCAGAAAUACAUAUCGUAGACCUAAAUAGGAAUAAAUGCGAGAUUAGUUAUCCAAAAUCCUCCAUUUACCUGAAUACAGGACAAGAUUGCGACGUUGAUGAUGACGUGUUUGUCCAUGAAAGCCUCCGAGUUGAACGUGGUGAUAUUACACAUGAUGUGUCAGAUAAAGAAUCGAUCACUACAGUCAGGAUAAAUCUUCCAACGUCUAAAGCUGUGACGGGUACAGAUGUGACUUGUCAGACUGACAUUCCGUCACCUCCAGACAGCGCAAAAAUAAAGCCUGAACAGAAUAUUUUCGCGUCUUCUGCUCGACUUGUCACAAAGCGCCACCAUUCAUCUAAAAGUUCAAUUGGGAAAAACACCUUUUGUUGGAGACACGAUGCAUAUGGUAUUCAAGGCGCGCCGGCAAGACCUUCCAGUCCAUCUUCUGCGAUAUCGUGUGACAAAAUUGAACAUACCACAGAAGUUUCACGACAAAUCGUUCUGCACCAAGGUUCUUGUAGCAUCUGUAAAUCAGCGGAAGAAAGAAGACUAAAUUUGAAAAGUAGAAAAGAAUUGACCGCACACAGAAAGGUCUCUGUCGAGCCCAGUCUUGCAACAGUGAAAAACUGCCCUUCAAAUCUCCUCCAGGAUACUAUUCCGAAUUGUUCUGACAUAUGGGCAGAAAAUCAGACUUUUUAUUUGGGAAUAAGCCGUGAUCGUGCAAUCAAGACAGCUGAUGGUGUACGGAGACGAAGAAUUCGCAGUGUACCGACUCCUUCUGAACUGAAUAGAUGUUUUUACUGUCAAGAAAGCAUCUCAUCAAUCGAUCUAAAAAACCACCCAACAACUUAUUGCAAAUUGCAUUCGUUCCGCAUCAGAUCACUUUCUUUUACUACAAAAGGUCAACAAGAGUAUUGCUUACCAAAAUGGACAAAGUCUUCACAGUCUGGACGUAGAGAUUGGCUUCUAGUCCAACGUGUUACGAAAAAAAUUCCAACAGAUCCACAGAUAUUGGAUACUAACAAUGUAAAACCUUAUUAUUGCGAAUACGGACCACAAGAAAUGAUUUUUUGUUUGCAUGAUUUAAGGACAGUAUCUUAUAUAGAAGAUGUCUGCUGCCAGCACUUUUUGCUCAUGUCUCGCCAAGAAGCGCUUGAUGGAGGAAAAACUGUAGAACUUCUGUUUUCUCCACAAGGUCCAGUUGUUCGAGAAGAUAAACACUUGAAAGGUCGUAGUUUAUUCUACUUCUGUUGUCAUGUGGAAAAAUCAAAGCCAAGGCGUUCUUCAUCCUUUACAAAACCCGCGCCAUAUAAGCCGGGAUCAUCGUUGGGUACAAAGAAGGAAGACGACGGAUAUAAAAGCAUAUUUGAAGUUAGCUUCAAAGGCUCAGCUGCAAAUAAUUCCUUCGCCAGCAAUCAAUUAACAAAAAAUGCUUCAAGUUCUAAGCCUAAGCGAGACAUCGCGCCUCCGGUACCAUUUGACUUAAUUGAUGCUAAUACCCAAAUGCUUUCAUCUGCUUUUGCUUCAAAUGCUGGCAUCAUCGAUCUUGCUUCUUUUACAUCCACUUGUAGCGCUAACACAUCCAAUAAUAAUAAUUUUUCGAGCACUGAAAUUAAUAAAAAGAAGAGUGCAAAAAGAACUAGAAAAGACGAUAUGAGGAGAAACUCACGCAAAGAACAUGGGACUGGAAAAUCAAAAAAGACUGUGACUUUUUCCGAUGAAGUAAAGGAAGAAAAGGAGAAUAUUCUCCAUCCAAAUGAUGAUAAUGCGGAAAACCAAUUACAAAUUCAGAGACGAUCGAGUCUUCCGCCUCCACCAAAGCUCAAAUUAACAGACGAAGAUGAUGAUGGUGUUUUCCAUAGAAGAAAGCGAAGAGAAAGUGUUGCAAUCAGUUUUGGCAAAGAACCUACAACACGGAAAUCUCAGGACAAAGUUCGAAGCCAUGAAGAAACACCAGUGGUUGCGUCCUACCAGAAAAAGCAAUGGAAAACUAUAAAUGUUAUCGUUUCGUUUAAAAACGUGAAAUUUUCGGGAGAAUUUUUUGAAUAUAAAUCUUUGCAGGACCUCUAUACUUGGUUGCGACAAGAAUUACUAAAAGAGGAGUUAUUGACUCCUGGAGCUGAUCUUCUACUUACACACGAGAAUUUGACAUUUCCUUUGAAAGCAAACACUGCUACAAAAGUUUUAUCAAGUCUCCCGACUACAACUUUUUACUGCAAUGAAAUUAUUAAGGCUAGCAUUAACGACGGUGGUUUCGGAGAAUCCACUAGUAAGUAUGAUACAAGAUUUGCUUUACCUUUGGAUACGAGAGAAUUGGAAGGAUUGAAUCCGGUGCAAUACCUUGGCAGAUACUGUAUAGUUAGCAGUACGUGGAAAGCCUUUUACCUCAGCGUGUUUUCGUCAUAUGAUAAAUGGAAAAAAAAAAAAUUGAAUUACAAGCAAGUCUGUGCUGCGAUGGAAAGAUUAUUUGUUGAACUUGCGUAUCCUCUGCUUAAACGUGUUGUUAAAUUAAUGGGACUUGACGUUAUUGGAGAACAAAGCACAGCCGAUAAUAAUAAUAAUAAUACAGCCGACACAGAUGACUGGAAGACAACAUUUUCGAUCGGACCAAAUGAAUUUGUCAGCAUGUGUUCCUUAGCUAACCGAAUAAUUUGCAGAGAAGAUGAAAUUGAUGGAUUUCAUGUGAACACCAUAAAGCAGAAAAAUACUCAACUAGAAGAUGCCGAUUUCUUCAACAUCGAGGGAAAAAUUCGAGAUUAUAAGAUGAAUCCACUGACAAAACGCUUGUUGUUGUAUGUUCGAAAUAAACCAAGAUAAUGAAUUUGUCUUUAUCAGCAAUCAACGUGUAAUGGAGGAAUCUUAGGUCAAAUUUCUUUUAUAAAUUCAAUGAACACAUGAAAAAUAAUAAUCAUGUUUAGGUUAAUUGUGAGAGAAGUAUAUAUAUAUAUAAUAUACUUUUUGAGAAUCGAUCCAUCUGCGGCCAGGUUUAAUGUAUAUAUGAGAUAAUUGAAAUAUAUAUACAAUUUUUCUAGUCUCAGUUUGAUUGAAUUGAAUCCAACUCUGUAUAUAUUAAUAUUAUAUUUGAGUUUUCUUAAGACAUGAUUAUGCAAAUGGCGUUGGACACAGUGCAACUUUUCCGCCUGGUACGGACUGUCGUACUUACUACUCAUUUGCUUCGAGGAUUAUUUUCUCUUACUGCACACAACCCACUAAAGCACCGCAAAAACUGCACUUAAUUAUAUCAGUAAAUUGGUCGCCUUUUGCUAUAACUAACUAAAGCGUUAAACGGGUUCGUGAUGUAAAUUAUAUAUCUAAUUAUUUAUUGUAUUCCAUGACGUAUAUUGUAUACAGUCUACAAUAAUUUGUACUUGCGUUGGGUGGCAG